GUGUCUGCUAAUGACAUGUGUUCCCUUGCUGAAUGGCCAUCCCAUGCUCGCCGCAACCGUGCACUACUACAGGAUGAAGCUGGUGGACAGAAGAAGAAAGGGCGAGGUGUUCUAAAAGGUUUUAAAGCAUCUAAGAAGAGUUUUGCCAAUGGAUCUGCAAAGCUAAAUAUUACAUUCUCUGAAAAAUUGGGUGGUACAGUAGGAAUGAACUAUCGUUCGUUCAAGGAUGACGUGGUAGUCGUAAUGAAAAGAAAGUUACCACUCAUUGGAGUGAGGACGUGGUCGGACAUUCACCCUACCAUUCAUCGACUCAUUAUUGCAGACAUGAUAGACAGAUGGGACUUGGAAGAUACACCAGAAACAGAAGAAAAAGUUCUCAAAAUUGCGAAAGAGCGAUAUAGAGGCUGGCGAUCAACUCUAAGCUCCACUUACAAGGCAUACAAAACAGAUGCAGCUAGAUUGGCUAAUCUGCCGGAAGAUUUGCAACCAGAAGAGUGGGAAUGGAUGAUUGAGUACUUUGGCACUGAUUCAAAAUUUCAGGAUCGCAGCCAAAAGAACGCCGAUAACCGUAAGAAACAGAAGACAAAACACAUAAUCGGAUCAAAAUCUUACUCGCAAGUUAGUUUUGAGAAGAGAAACUUGGAAACUGGAGAAGAGCCAGAUUGUAUUGCUUUGUGGGAACUCACCCACACGAACGAUGGAACAUGGUCUAACACAGAUUCCCAGAAAGUUCACGUGAGUACACUGACUUUUGGUUAUUCUAUAGUUAGUCAAUGA